CUGUGGCGGAAUGCCUCAAUUUUCUGUUUAUCUAUCGUCUUUUUGAUUUCUUGCGGAAWUCGAGGGUCGCGAAUGCGAUAACGAAGUCGAGAAAAAAGAUUUCAUGUAUUCUGCCUGACUUAGUGCUUAAGGUUGCGAAUGAUUAAUUCCUAGGCAACAGCACUGACCACCAUCAACCCCCAAAAAAGCAAUGUUCAAUGUAGUGAUCGUUGGAACAUCAUUCAUGGCAUGGACUACAUUAUUAGUCGUUGACCRAUGAAUUCGAUAGUUGCACAAUAWAGUGUACUAAAAAUAUUCUUCAGCAGUGUCGAGCAGUCCUCCUCAAUUUUCCAASYGUUUAUUCAUCCUUGCAYGGCCCGCAUCGCAUUCGUUUGCUGCCAUCCAUUUGUACAAAGGCAAACGAUCCCUCAUCGUAUUGCAUCGGGUGUGUUUUGGUCUGGCUUCUGGGGUUGUUGUUCUUCUCGGUGGGGUUCGUGGGAUCUGUCUGSUGGCUUUUGCGUUUGACGGUCGACGACGGGCAAUUCCUUUCGGCAUCGCCGGCGGCAGCCGCGAGUUUGGCAGAUUUGAUCUUGGCCUUGCGAACGUCCCGGAAUCCGAUGCUUACUUUUUGGCGGGCCUCGUUGCUGGAGACCUCUAGCCACAGUCCGUGCUCGCCCUGUUUCAAAAAUCGUGCACCGCUUUCCUUGAGUUCACACACAAUCGACAAGCCUAUCAUCGUUUUGUCUUUCUUCGAUCGAGCGCUGUUGUAUUCUUCCAGCCGGGUUUCGAUCAAGUUUCGAAAUAUGGCGUUGCCCGGGUGACUCAUCUUCGGCCACCCCCUACCAAACAAAAUAUCGUUUUGUGC